CAGUGGCUUCGAGCAAGCAGCUACCCACUGACAGUGAUCACGGUACGUUAACACACAGGCGAACGGAGCGAAACAACAUGAACAAAGCAAUUGGAGCGAUUUUUCUCCUAGCGAUGGUGGUGCUGGUGCACUACGCAUCCGCUGAGCAUAAGAAGCCGCAGGACACGCUGACUCGCAUCGACAAUGUGGACGGGAUCGAGAUGAUCAAACCGCUCGACGAUGUGCUGAGCGCGAUGGAAGGCUUGCGAAUGCGCCGUGCUGCCCAGGGUGGUGGUGGCGGUGGUGGCCAGGGACAGGGCGGACAGGGCGGUAAACAAGGUGGCGGCCAGGGUGGUGGACGCCGUGGACCACCAGACAACAGCCAGGGCAGUGGUGAAAACUAAUGCCACCGUGAGCGCUGAGAGGAGUCCACCGAUCGCUCUUCCUAUCAAAAACCAUCGUAAAAUCCUUUCUUUAAAGUAUGAUCGUUGGUGUGGUUUUGUUUGGUUUGAAUUUUAGAAAACGGAGCAAAUUGGUGUUCCGUUCCGUAGUUCGUCUGUUCUUACUAGCCAUUUGAACUGAUUUUUAGUUGUAGAGUUGUUUGAAAUUGCACCCCAAAAAAACAUGUUCGCAAAAUAAAACACACAUAAUUUAUCAAA